AGAGAACGAGGGAGGCAGGGUUUCGGUUUGGGGUCUCGUUUCAACUGCCACCCCCUGCGGCCUGGGCCGUGCGGAUACGAACGGGAGGAGCUGCUGUGCCCCGAGAGGCCGCCGCCCAAGAGUGCUGUCACCUCCGGAAGCCAGACCAUUACCGGGAGCUCGGAGCCUUCCAGAGUGAGACCCCGCGCCCCCCUCCCGCAGGCUCGCCGCCGCCAUGGCUGAGCUGAUCCAGAAGAAGCUACAGGGAGAAGUGGAGAAAUACCAGCAGCUGCAGAAGGACUUGAGUAAAUCCAUGUCUGGGCGGCAGAAGCUUGAAGCACAACUAACAGAAAAUAACAUCGUGAAGGAGGAACUGGCCUUGCUGGAUGGGUCCAACGUGGUCUUUAAACUUCUGGGUCCCGUGCUGGUCAAACAGGAGCUGGGGGAGGCUCGGGCCACAGUAGGGAAGAGACUGGACUAUAUCACAGCUGAAAUUAAGCGAUACGAAUCCCAGCUCCGGGACCUCGAGCAGCAGUCAGAGCAACAGAGGGAGACCCUUGCUCAGCUGCAGCAGGAGUUCCAGCGGGCCCAGGCGGCAAAGGCAGGGCCUUCUGGCAAGGCCUGACCCUGUGGGGGGGGCGGGGGGGCGGGGAGGAGGGGGAACCCAGGCAGCUCUAGGGUCUAUACUGUAGCUAAUAAAAUGUGAAAACACCUGGCUGUUUGACCAGCCA